AUGUGCGAACCCAAUCUUUUCAGUUCUGGCUAUGUUGGUCCUCUUUUGAAUUUUCCCUCUUCGGACUCCUUGCGUUUCUCAAACUUGCGGGGCAAUGGAGCCCAUCCCUCCGCGUUCCCGCACAUCUACGGCAGGAGAGAGGUGUGCUCGCUCCCGUGGACUUCCCCAAGCUCGUGCACAAGCCCGCCACAGAGCCGCACCUUCAGUGGCUACUCUCAGCCGUUCCUCACCAACUCAGUGCCUGUGACCACCAGCACACACAACCACAGUAAGGGUCCGCUGGGAGACUCCAGUAAAUACUACUUCGAGGAUGCAAACCACAAAGCUGAGGUGCCGGACAAAGAAACGACAGCUUUCGACAGAGAACAUGGACUCACAGCUCCUGCUUCUAGCAAACAUGAGUUUUCAGGCUUGGACAGACGGUUGCAAAUCACGGUGGCACAGGCUGAGCUGAACUCCACUGACCAAGCAAUAACCGAUGACACAAAACAGUCUGCACACACCACUGUCCCAGUUCAAGGCUUUUCGAGUGCACAGAACACCACAGCAGCCUUCUCUGAUGGUGUGCCGUGGUGUCCCGCACAAGUGAGAGGCAGAAAGAAGAGGAAACCUUACACGAAGCCACAACUGGCUGAACUUGAGAAGGAAUUCAUGAUGAACGAAUUCAUUAACCGGCAAAAACGGAAGGAACUAUCAGACAGGCUGGACUUGAGUGAUCAACAAGUCAAAAUCUGGUUUCAGAAUCGCAGGAUGAAGAAGAAAAGACUGCUGAUGCGCGAGCAUGCCUUCACCAUGUACUGA